AUGAGUUUGACUACGGAAGAGCUCGUCAAUCUCAAAUCAAGAGUCAAAGAACGUGAAUAUGAAAUAACUGCCCUCAAUGCAUUCAUUAAUCGUGAUGCACAUCUAUCUUCACCAUGUGUACUAAUCAAUGGAUACAAACCAGCUGGCAAAACCCUCGUGGUGACAGAAUUCCUCAAUACGUUGAAACUAAACCAUACAAUUAUAUCCUGUGACGAAUGUGUGUCGAAACAAAUGCUACUUCAGAGAUGCUUCACGAGGAUACGAAAAGAUGGUGGUGAUGAAGAAGAAGGGAUAUUGGCAUCCCUGAAAUCUGAUGAAGUGGCAUUAACCCUGGCGAUUUCCGAUCAAUUUGCUACGUUUUUAUCAUCAUUGGAAACGUUGUUUUAUGAAGCUAGGUAUUAUAGUCACCAUGUAUUAGUCUUGGAUCGAUUCGAUCAAUGUUUGGAAAAUUGUAAUGAAUUUAUUUCGGCUUUUAGUAAAAUGAGAGAAUGUUCAUCAGUGCAGAAUUUAUCGGUGGUUAUUGUGUUUAGCAGUGGCGUUCCUCGACAAGUUGUAACAUUGUCCAAUCCUACUAUUGAAUUUGAACCGUAUACAGAAGAUCAAGUAGUGAAGAUAUUCCAAGAUGCUCAGUUAUGUCAAUUUAAAGAUACUAGUUUAGAGCAGAGUGAUUUAUCUGAUUCCACAAAGAGGGAGUUUUAUAAUCAGUAUGUGAAAUUUGUUGUUGAUCUGUAUUACCUGUAUACUGGAUCAAACAUGAUUAUAUUGCAACAUUUAAUUAUUGAAUUAUGGGAUAAGUUUAUUGAACCAUUAAAAACUGGAAUGUAUUCUAUUAAUGAAGUCGUCAAGGUUUUCAAACAUAAUAUUGAUUUAUUCACCAAUGAUAAGAUUAUAAGUAAUUCAUCGGUGCCUGACUAUAAAACACUACAUGAUGAUGAAGGAGAAGGAAAAGGAGAAUUUACGAGGAGUAUUAGUGCUACUGAUGAAGAAGCAAUUGGAUUAGGAAACGUGCAUGAUUUACCCUACCAUUCCAAAUUCAUUCUCCUAGCGGCAUACUUGGCAUCUUAUGGUAACCAACGAAAUGAUUUACAUAAAUAUUCUAAAGUUAAAGUUGUCAAGUACAAGAAACGUGCCAGUACGAAAAAAAGACAAAAGAUCAAUGGAACAAGUGAAGCUCAUAUGACUAAAGACGAUAUCGAUUCACGGAUGUUGACAGCAAACUAUGUCGAUUUAGAACGGAUCUUGGCUAUUCUUUCUGUAAUUUAUCAACAUUCAUCUGCAACAUUGAAUCAAUCAGAUAAACAAGAUUUAUUAUACUUGGGUGAUGAAAUUAUUGAUUUGGAAAAUAAGAAACAGGUGGAAAAGGCUAAUUUUACACUAACAAAAAACAUUGAUUUGAAUUUACAAAUUGCUACAUUGUAUUCAUUAGGAUUUUUGAGUAAGACUAAUAAUUCUGAUAUUUUGGCGGCUCGAAUUCGAUGGAAAUGUAAUUUGGAUUGGAAUAUGGCGGAAGCUAUCGCUAAGUCGGUUAAUUUCCCCAUUGCUGAUUUCUUAGAUGAUGAUUGA